AUGGCUGGAAGCAGAAGCUCACCUCGAGCUCAUCCCUACCGCAAAAGUGAACCAAGGACUCAUCAGGGAGCUGUAAUGUGGGUUGGUAGAGUGGUUUCCUCAGCCAAACUGAAAGAGAGAGUUUUGGAAACACUUCAUGAGGGUCUCGUCGGUAUGGUCAAGAUGAAAGUCAUAUUCCGAGGAUACGUUUGGUGGCCAAACCUUGACAAGGACAUAAAGGGGCAAUCUAAAACUGUGGAGGAUGUCAGGAGACAGCAAAUAAUCCAACCCACUCAACCCUACAGCGUUGGGAGUACCCUGCAAUACCCUGGAGCAGCAAGUUUAGACCCCGACAACAUACUACCUACAUCAUCACAGAUAUCCAGGCAAAGUCUGCUCUCGGUGGACAAGUUUCGCUAUCUCGAUGUACCUGAGCUUGACGAAAUUAUGGUAUACGACGACUUUGAAUGCACAUUUAGAUGCCUUCACCAUCCUCUGUGUGUUUCCGUGAACCUGGCUGCUGAAGGUGAUUUGUGGUGUGAGUUACUGUCGUCUGAUAAGUACAGCAACCCCAAUGAAUACAAAGAAAAAAAGAGUUCGCGUCACUAUUUCUUUGAGAGUGCUUGUGCAAAAAAACCCUGCAAGAACAACUCCACUUGUCUAAACGGUUUUACUGACAAAAGAGAUAAGUGUUUAUGUUCCGCUGGAUUCAAGGGUCGGACUUGCGAUGAAGACAUAAACGAGUGUAUCGAGGGAACAUCCGAUUGCAGUGCUGAUGCUGUGUGCAACAAUAUUAAGGGUUCCUACAACUGUACGUGUAAACCAGGAUAUUCUGGAGAUGGACGGACUUGCGAAGAUAUCAACGAAUGUGCUACAGGAAGACAGAACUGCAGUGCUGAUGCUGUGUGUAACAAUACUAAGGGAUCGUACAACUGUACAUGCAAACAAGGAUACUAUGGAGAUGGAAAUAUCUGCCGUUCGGAUAUCGACGAGUGUGCUACAGGAAAAACCAACUGCAGUGCUGAUGCUGUGUGCAACAAUACUAAGGGAUCGUACAACUGUACAUGCAAAAAAGGAUACUAUGGAGAUGGAAAUAUCUGCCGUUUGGCUUCGACGUGUAAGGAAAUUUUCAACCGGAAUGUAUCGCAACGAAGCCAAGUAUACCCGCUGAUGUUUGGUUCACAAACGAUUCCUGUUUUCUGUCACAUGAAUAAUUCUGGAUGUGGGGAUGGAGGAUGGACGCUGGCCAUGAAGAUUGCCGGCACGCAGGUUAACUCCCUAGAACUUUACGAUUCCCAAUUCUGGAGCAACAGAAAUGGUUAUAACUUUGCUGGAGGCAAGACUGGCUUUGACUCACAAGAGACCAAGUUACCAGCCUACUGGAGCACACCCUUCUCCAAGAUCUGCCUCGGUAUGAAGAUUGGUCAUCAGCUCAGGUUCAUUGUCAUCAACAGGCACGCCAACUCACUGUUCUCACUGAUCGCUGAUGGGAAAUACCGUGCCACCUCAUUGGGUCGUAACACGUGGAAGUGGCUGAUUGGUUCCCGGGCCUCCCUGCAGCGCAACUGCAGUAAGGAAGGAUUCAAUGCAGUGGGAAGCAACCCUCGUUAUUCCAAAGCAAGAAUCGGCAUCACUGCUAACCAGCAGAAUCACUGUGGUUCCUGUGACUCCCGAAUUGGUUUUGGCACAGGAGGUCUAUUUGAUGAUUCUAACACGUGUGGAAAUGAGGCAACGUACUCGCCAGAUAAUGGACACAAGCACAUCAAAGCCAUGGGUUACAUCCUGGUACAGUGACAGGGGACACAGUUAACUUCCCAAAUUUUGAGCCGAGAAGCCAUC